AGAAACGUCGAAAGUCGAAACGCUAAACAGAUGGAAAAAACUUGGAAAAUAUUAACAACAACAUUGAAUACGGCUUCCCAAGAUAAAUUAUAACAAGUGUGGGCAAAUCUAUAAACGUGUGGCGUGAAUAAAUUGUAUCAAGAUACCAAAAAUAUUAUUGUAUUGAGUGUUGAGUGCGAAAUUAUUUGUGGCUCUACGUGAGACCGUGUGAAACAAAUUGGUUUUUAUAUUACACAAGAGUAAAACAUGGAAUCUUUAUCGAAGCAGGAAUUGAUAUCGACCAUUACUAAACAAGCUGAUCAAAUCAAGCGUUAUGAAGGACGUUUGAGAGAUGUGGUUGCUGCAUAUAAAGGUCUCAUCAAAGAGAAGGAAGCCUUGGAGAUCAGUUUAAAAGCCUUGAAUAAAACUGAAAGUCCUGUUGAGGGGGGAGGUGAAGAAAGCCGAGAUGAGUCGGUGGCUGCUCUUAUGCUGUCCCUCUCCACUUUGACAGCUGAGAAGUCACGAAUGGAAGAGGCAUUCCAAGCUGACAAGAAACUUACAAGAGAUAAGUAUGAAAAUCAGAUAGCCGCUAUGAGAGAAGAAACUAGAACAUUGGUACAGCAGCAUAUAGCUGAGGUGAACAACUUGAAGGCCAAGGUAGCAUAUGAGAUACAGGAGAGGGAGAAGGAGAGAGCUGAUCAUCAGGCUAUGAUGAAAGAACUGCAUCUGAAAUUGAAUAGUGAGAGAAAAACAAAAGAGAAGCUAGAAGAUAAAGUUGUGCACUCCAGUGAAGCUCAAGCAUCUACAGCGGAACUAGAGAAGCGUGUCCGCGACCUGAGCAACUCCCUUGCAGCCGCUGAGCGGCGCCUGCAGCGAGCUGAAGGCCGGGGGAGCGAGACGCCCGCCAUGCUGGUGCGCCUGCAGCAGAAACUAGCGCUACUGUCACAGUCACACUGCGUCGCUAUACGAGAGGAGCAAAUAAAAGCGAAACGCGCAGAAGAGUCAGCUCGCAAGAUAUGUGCCCGACAAGAGGAACGGGUCGCCCUUCUAGAGAGUAAAAUAGCAGAACUAUCAGAGACGGUGGGACAGUAUGACCUGAGACGCCGGCGGGACCAGCAACUCAUACAACAGCUUAAAGAUAACGUUAACGGCAAGAUCUUGGAGAAAAUCGCUGCUAAUAAGGACUUUGAAACGACAUCUAAGAGCGAGACUGACAACGAAAAGCUAGCCGACAGCGAAUACCUACAAACGCUCAUAGACAAAAUACACAUUUUGAAAAAAGAACUCAUCGCAGAAAACGACAAACUCGGCAGUCCCAUAGACAUUUCCACAGUUUUUAAAGUCCAAGGCUAUGAAAAUGUGCAUUUGAAAUGCAAAGAGGAGUAUGAAAGCUUGAAGGUUGAAUUUGAUUUGUAUAAACAGCAAAUGAAAGUAAGAGAUGCAGGGAGUGAGACUGAUGAUGUAGGGGAGUUGAAGGGGGAAAUAGCUCUUCUGAAGGAAAAAGUGGAGACUUACAAAAUAUUGCUGGAUGAAGAGAAACAGGAUAAGUUGGAUACUUUGAAGUUAUAUGAAGAGAAAUUAAAAAACGAGCAAGACUACCAGAAGGAAAUAGUCUCCGACUUGAAGACCCGCAUCCUCAGCUUGGAGAAGCAAGUGCAGACACAACGUGACCGCUACGCCGCAUUACUGGAUGAGACAGAUAACUAUAUUAGAGCAAGGAAUGAGCGGUCGCGGAGAGUUAGCGCUGAAGAUACGCAUUUUAAAGAUGGGAUGCUUACGGACGUGUCAGCACCGCCGCAUAUGUUACACUAUGCGCACGAGUUAGCUCGGAAGGAUCUCGACAUAUCGCAACUCAGGAAAGAAAAGCAUAUUAUGGAGGGACAAUUCAGAGACUGUCAACGUGAAGCUACUAUUGAAAAAGAGCGCUUCAAGGAAGUAAUAAGGACAUUGAAAGAGGAAAUUGACAGGUUACGUCGCAUCCAAUCCCGAGAAGGUGCAAAUCUAGAAUACCUAAAAAACGUAGUGAUGGCAUACCUAAUGUCGACCGACUACGCCGGCAGAAAACACAUGUUGAACGCAAUAGCAGCCGUCCUGCACUUCACUACGACGGAGAAAAAUAUGGUCUCAAACAAUCUAUGAGGUUUCGAGCAUUUUUUGUUGAAGUUUAUGUGCGCUAAUUUCGUUAAAGUUCAUCCGGAACGCAGUUAUUUGUAGAUUUGCGUUUGAAGAUUAUUUAUGUGUGCUAUGUUAUGGUAUAUCAUAGUUAUUUUCUCGACGGUAAAGU